UAUAAAUUGACGAAUCUCCCGAUUCUCUCGUUGAUUUUAUUUCUCUCUUCUAUGUCUCCACUUUUCAUCGCUUCUUUGUACUAAUUUCAAUUUCAAUUAUCUCUCUCUUGGAUUGGAUCAAAUCUAGGGUUUGUCGUAGUCCAAUCCCUACAGUGAAGAGGGUUGAUUGAAGAUGUUGGAGCAGUUACUGAUCUUUACAAGAGGAGGAUUGAUCCUCUGGACUUGUAAAGAACUCGGGAGUGCUCUCAGAGGGUCGCCGAUUGACACCCUGAUCAGGUCCUGUCUCUUGGAGGAGCGAUCGGGCUUAGCAUCAUUCAAUUACGAUGCUCCUGGUGCCGCUUACACCCUCAAGUGGACGUUCCACAAUGAGCUUGGCCUCGUGUUUGUCGCCGUCUAUCAGCGGAUCCUCCAUCUGCUGUAUGUGGAUGAUCUGCUUAAUAUGGUGAAGCGUGAGUUCUCGGAGAUUUACGAUCCAAAGCGCACCAUUUAUGAUGAUUUUGAUGAGACUUUUAGGCAGCUGAGGAUGGAAGCUGAGGCCCGGGCGGAAGAGUUGAGGAAAUCGAAGCAGGUGAUGGGUAAACCUGUUAGCAAUGGAAAAAAACAAGGGCAGGUGAACAAGGUUGGAUUUGAGGGAGGGAAUAAGAAGAAGAGCGAAUGCGGGGUGGCCAGAGAUGGGGAUGAUGCGAUGGUGAAAGACCGAAAGAUGGAAAAUGGACAUUCCAAUGGUAUCCAUGUCGGGAUCAAAGAUCCCAAGGGGAAUGGUGUUGUUAAUGGUAAAGAGAAUACUGUCUCUAACAAUGGAGCUUUCGAUGUAAAUAAGCUCCAGAAACUUAGAUCUAAAGGUGUAAAGAAAACUGACACUGUUGCUGACAAGGUCCCCAAGGCGGACCCAAAGAAAAAGAAUAUGAAAAAGAACAGAGUUUGGGACGACUCACCUGCUGAGGCAAAGCUGGAUUUUACACAUCCUGCUGAUCAGAAUGGGGAUCAGGACAUGCAUGUGGUGGCAGCAGAGCAAGGUCAGAGUAUGAUGGAUGAGGAAGAGAAUGUUAGUAGUGAAAGUGAAGUUGAGGAAGAUGAGGAGGUGGAGAGAGGCAGCAAGGCCGAUGCCAAGAAGGGAUGGUUUUCGUCUAUAUUCCAGAGCAUUGCAGGAAAAGCAAACCUGGAGAGAGCUGAUCUUGAACCAGCUUUGAAAGCACUCAAGGACCGGCUCAUGACCAAGAAUGUGGCUGAGCAGAUAGCUGAGAAGCUGUGUGAGUCAGUGGCUGCUAGUCUUGAAGGCAAAAAAUUGGCCUCAUUCACAAGGGUGUCUUCGACAGUGCAGGCUGCAAUGGAGGAAGCUCUUGUUCGUAUUUUGACUCCUAGGCGCUCUAUUGACAUACUGCGGGAUGUCCAUGCUGCUAAAGAGCAGAACAGGCCUUAUGUUGUUGUCUUUGUGGGAGUCAAUGGAGUUGGAAAAUCCACCAACCUAGCUAAGGUUGCCUACUGGCUCCUGCAGCAUAAGGUUAGUGUUAUGAUGGCUGCUUGUGAUACUUUCCGGUCUGGAGCUGUUGAACAACUGAGAACCCAUGCUCGUAGACUCCAGAUUCCGAUAUUUGAGAAGGGCUAUGAGAAAGAUCCUGCAGUUGUAGCAAAAGAAGCAAUCCAGGAGGCCACUCGCAAUGGUUCCGAAGUUGUUCUAGUUGAUACUGCUGGUAGGAUGCAGGAUAAUGAGCCGCUGAUGAGAGCGCUCUCGAAGCUGAUAUAUCUCAACAACCCGGAUCUGGUUCUGUUUGUUGGCGAGGCCCUAGUUGGAAAUGAUGCUGUUGAUCAACUGUCGAAAUUCAAUCAGAGAUUAGCCGACCUCUCAACUUCUCCUACUACCAGGUUGAUUGAUGGAAUUCUGCUAACAAAGUUCGACACCAUAGACGACAAGGUCGGAGCAGCACUCUCAAUGGUUUAUGUGUCGGGAGCUCCGGUGAUGUUUGUUGGGUGUGGGCAGUCGUACACAGACCUGAAGAAGCUCAAUGUGAAGUCGAUUGUCAAGACCCUCCUGAAGUGAUGGAUCUCCUUAGGCUUUGCUUAUUCCUUAACAAUCGCUCUCUCUACCUCUUAAUGAGUCUUUCUUGUGUUCGAGACUCUGUUGUGCUGCCGCUACUGCUUUUGCAUGAUGAACUUGGUUUGUUUUGCGUCGUGUCUUCAUUCUGAUCUUAAAUACCUUUGUCGGAGGUGAAUCAGUCCCCUGCGGCUGUUUUCUGUGUUUCUGUAUGUUAGUUGCUGAUUUAUUUAGAAUUUUGUCUUGGCUUCUGAAACUCAGAGCUCGUUGCUCUGCCCAGGAUUGGUCCAAAAACAGCAUGUACAAAUAGCAAACAGCUUUCCCAGUUUUUCCCUGGGACUGUGCUC